AAUAAUGACRGGGAAAGAGAACAAGAAGACCAAAAUCCAGUCUACCGCGUCGUGGGGGCUGAUCGAAAAGACAGUGGCCAUCCAAGGGACGUAGAGAAUCAUGAAGUGCAGAAUGAACGACGAGGCCAUAGCCAGCAACAAGUACGGGUUGACCCAUGGGGGGAUAGUCAGCAAUGAUCCGUCUUCAGAAACGGCAUUGAGAGCAUUGAACAUCUCGAUUGUCACUAGAACACUCAACGAGAGAGUACUGGCCUUCAUCUUGCCCUUGGUAAAGUAAGAGCAAGGAUCAGUGCUAAAGUCCUCAAUGAGGCCAUUCCCAGUGUUAUCGAAGUCGUUGACGGAAAAUCCUUCGAAGAUGGUCCCGACGGCUUCUUCACCGGUGCGGCAGUGUCCCCAACGUGUUAACUGGUCGUAACUGACCAUAGAAUGUCCGUCGUAGCUGCUUCCGAGUAAUUCCAUGAUGGAAGGUCCCAACCAGUUGACAAAUCCCUCGUAUUCAGUGUACCAAAAGACAAAGAUUCCAACCGUUGCAAAUCCAACGUACAAGCCAAUCACCAUGUAUCGGAAGAAUACCCAAUUCGUAAUGAGAGAAUCGUCCUUUCCACGGGGUGGCUUGAGCAUGACGUCCGGGUCAGGGGGGUUGAAUCCAAGAGCGGUAGCKGGAGGACCGUCUGUCACAAGGUUAACCCAAAGAAGCUGAACAGGAAUGAGUCCCUCGGGACAUCCAAUGGUCGAUGUCAAAAAGAUAGAAACAACCUCUCCAAUGUUGGAAGAAAUCAUGUACCGAAUGAAUGCCUUCAUGUUGGAAUAGAUGGAUCUGCCCUCUUCGACCGCUGAAACAAUUGUGGCAAAGUUGUCGUCGGCCAAAAUCAUAUCAGAAGCCUCCUUGGCGACCUCCGUUCCAGCGAUUCCCAUGGCAAUACCGAUGGAGGCCUGCUUGAGGGCUGGUGCAUCAUUGACUCCAUCCCCGGUCAUUGCAGGAACUUCUCCGCAMGAUCGAAGAAGCUUGACCAGUAAUUGCUUGUCUCGGGGUUCCGUUCGGGAGAACACUCUGGAGCCACCUCCGUGCAUAAUCAAGUGCGCACGCUGGUCGUCACUGAUCGAACCGUGGAAGAAUUCGGCACCCGUGAACGAUUUGCCGGUGACUUUUUCGUCGUGUUCAAAGAUUCCGACCUCGCGGGCAAUGGCUUCGGCGGUAGUCUUGUUGUCUCCCGUAAUCAUGAUCACCCGGAUUCCGGCGUCCUGGCAACGCUGAAUGGCCGAUCGAACUUCGGGACGGGGUGGAUCCUUGAUGCCGGUCAAUCCCACAAAGGUCAAUCCGGAUUCGAUUUGAGCGUACUCGUCGAGGUUCAAGAGCUGAGAAGGCAAUUGCUCCUUUGGAGGCAUGUUGGUCUUGAUGGCCAUACCGAGAACACGAAGCGGUCUCUUGGACAUGUCUGUGACGCGAUCUGCCAAGGUCUGUCGAUCCUUGGCCGACAUAGGUUGAACAGAUCCAUCGGGGCGCAUGAUGCUGGUGCAUCGCUCCAAUAGAAGCUCGCCGGCUCCCUUGACGAACAAAACACGGUCUCCCGUCGYCUUGUUCUUGCACAGGACGGACAUCGACUUGCGGUCUCUGCUGAAUUCGAGAGUGGCUUCCUUGUCGAACUGUCCCUGGAAAGACUUUCCGAAGUAAUCGGCGACUUCGACCUCGUUGGAAGGGGCGGAUUGACCAGGAAGGCCCAUCUUCUCCACUAGGCACUUGAGUGCGGCUUCGGUGGGUUCUCCGACGCGAACGUACUUUCCUUCCGAGUAACGAAUGACCGCUUCGUUACAGAGACUGCAAACGUUGGCCAUUUGCUCCAAGUU